GCAUCCCCGGUGCUCCUCCGGUCCAUCAUGAGCGUCCUACCGCACACAUUGCUCAUCUUGGUACAUCUUCAUCUCUUGAACCACCCCUCAACGAACCCUUCGGCAUAUGAUGAACACCUCUUUGAUCCCACGCGAAUCGGCAUACGGGAACGCACGAAGGCCAUGGAGGAUAUCUCCUACUUCCUAGUAGCCAAGGUGGAAGGCGGGAAGGGGCGUGCUAGAUCGUUUUUGUCCACAUACCCUUGUCUACAGCCUGCGGACACCACCGCAUUUCGUAUUUCACUAGCGAAGUAUCUCGAGACUCUGCGACACAGUAGCUUAUUCCCUAGCCAUGCGGAAGAUAGACAGAAGAGCAAGGAUGAUACGAAGGUGAAACAUGCUGACACGCCACAAAGGCACGCCUGGUGGUGGCAGGACGUGGUGGUACGUAAAUCCCUUCUGGAGGAAUGCAGCGGUGAGCGGUUCGAGCGUCUGCUCCUGGCUCUGUCCAUACACGCACUCUUCGUCAAUACACCUGGACCAUCCGUGCCUGACCCGGUGUCUCAAGCGGAAGUGCCGAGGCGUAUUGAAUCACUGCAGACCCUGCCACAAGCAUAUGUCUCUCUUCUGGAAUCGUCGCUAUCCGCGCGACGUGGAUGGGAACAGUCCGCGUCGCGUCUCGUGCAGGAGCAAGAGGAUUUGUCAGUCCUCCGCGAACGCCUCCUAGACCCGACUGCCGCAUCGAGCUCGAAGUUUGACAGCCUGUCAACAGACCGCCUCGUAGCUCUCCGAGACUCACGCCUGCAUGAUCUCCUCCGCGCGACAUGGAAGAACGCAGACGGCCGCCGUGCUCUGCACUUCCUCAUAGACCUUGCAGGGCUGCAGACUUCCCCCGUUACUCGUGACGCAUCCCGACCUCUCCAGACCGCCGAUGUCGGGCAAGAUAAGGCGGACGUUCAGUGCACACUACCGACCCCUGUUACCGUCCCUCCACUACCGAUUGCCGCCGCCAACCACCCAACGAAUGUACGCUCUCUCAAGGCUCCCCUCUUCUCUCCGCCGACAAAGAGCCUCUCCGCCAAUCCUCCGGUCUCCGAAGCAAAUACACACUCCGCCCAGGAUCCCACAAAAGAUCGUCUGUCAGAGCGACUAGCCUCGAUCCAGCGCACUCAUCAGGCCCUCCUUGAUGUUGCACUACGGACCGACAACGUCCGCCAGGACCUGGAGCGGCGCUCGCGCUCAGCGCAACCGGCGCACGCGGUGCCCGCUCUCGGGACCGGCUCCAGCCUCAACCUGGGCAUCUGGGAAGCACCGUCACGCAUGCACAUUGACUUCAGAGCGCCAAGCGAAGUCCCCUCAAGCUCCACGCUUGGGCCGCCGGCAGACACAGUUGUUGAGGAACGCAUUGCUCGGAUCCGAACCGCCCUGCUCCCCAAAUAUCCUGAGGCACCGUCUCACAGUGACUUGGAUUUGGACGAGCCCGCUACAUCAUCAGUCAGCAUCGCGACUACGUCCGCAAGCCGGCUACUUCAGCCGUCUGGGAAGGGUCAUUGGCGAUCUCAGGGAUCCAAGGAUAGCGGCUACGAUGUCAAAGCCAAUCGUUAUCAACCCGCGAAAGCUGCAGACCUUGCUGUUCACGACCGCGACCCUAAGAUUUCUGGCGAGAUGAAAGAGCCGCGGGCUUUGGACGUGGAUACUGGCGCCCGGAAGGUGUCAACGAAGCUUUCACGAAGGGCAUCAGCUGCCAGAGCACGCCGUACGACACUGCUUGCGCGACGUAAUCUGUAUGAUGACGAGGUAGACGAAAUAGUGGAAGCGGUUGAGGAUGGUUCCCCACCAUUCGCAGACAACGUUCAAACGCCAAAGGCAAGGCAAGGCACGGCAGGUACCCUCUUGUCGACUAUCAAGAAGACAAUCCCCCGACCUUCCUUUGACAUCGAACGGCACGAACGCGCGAUAGACGUGCCGCUGCCCAAACUCAGGCUCAGCGCACUCGACACGCAUGACCUGCAUGCAGAGAUCUCGCCCAAGGAGGACGUGGUACGACGCUUUCCUGUGCCUGCCCAGGACGAGCACUCUGGGGACGAAGAUGAGUUCUAUGAGGGUCACAGUGUCACUCUCAGGGAUAUCCUGCUGAAGGCGACCGAUGCAAAUGGCGAUCAAUACGACUUGCUCGGGGAGGAGGAAGACGACUUAGGUGACGAAGCCUUCGAAUGGUAAUGAGAACUUGCGGCACGAUUCGAGUUUAGUCUUGUACAUCGCCUUUACGUGCAUGCGAUAUUGUAGAUGGACGGAGCCCUCGCGGCAUUGAAACACAACCGGACCGCUUGCUAGCGAGCGGUAAGGUAGGA